CGAUGUCAAACUGUCAUCAGAUGACAGCUGCUGUCACCAAAUCGAUCGGCCAUUUUCGUAGUGCUGGUGAAGAAAACGAGAGCACGAAACGCAAUAUUUUUUCGAAUUUGUGCAAGAAUUCCAUUCUGAAUCACCUGUAAACCAGUUGCAAAAUCAAGAAAGAUGCCUGCACUAGAUGAAAUCAAAUCUUCCUGGGCCGAUGAGGUGGAGUUGGAUUCCGGAUCGCUUCCGCCGCCAACCGAAAUCAUCGAAAAUGGCCAGAAGAUCGUCACCGAGUACAAGUACAACAAGGACGACAAAAAGGUGAAAGUGGUCCGGACGUACAAGAUCACCCGUCUGGUGGUGCCGAAGAGCAUCGCCAAGCGUAAGAAUUGGUCCAAAUUUGGCGACUCGGCCAACGACAAGCCAGGUCCGAACCCCGGAACCACCAUGGUGUCGGAAGACAUCUACAUGCAGUUCGUGAGCAACAAGGAAGAGGAGCAGAAAUCGGACAACGCCCUGGACUCGCUGAAGAACAUUGCCAAGUGUCGUAUCUGCGAGGGCGAGCAUUGGUCCGUGCAUUGUCCGUACAAGGGAACGAACUUCGAGGCUGGCAAGGCCAAACCCGCAGUGCCAGUGCCACAAGAGAUGGCUCCGACGACGGCCAAGAGUGGCAAGUACGUUCCUCCGAGUAUGCGUGACAGUCAGAAGCCGGGUAUGGGUGGAAAUCCGAGGGGACGUGACGACACCACCGCUAUCCGCAUUUCCAACCUGUCGGAGGCGAUGACGGAAGCCGAUCUGGAGGAACUGGUCAAGAAGAUCGGUCCGCACAGCAAGAUGUUUUUGGCCCGCGAUAAAAAUACCGGCCUGUGCAAAGGAUUCGCCUACGUUCACUUCAAAUCCCGCCGCGAUGCCGCCACUGCUAUUGAGCUACUCAAUGGACACGGUUACGAUCAUCUGAUUCUGAACGUAGAAUGGUCCAAGCCGCAGAAUCCACAGUAAAAAAUCUUUGAUAAACUAAGUGCUAAGAAUUAAGUUGUGGUUGGUACGCGUUAUAUUCUGAUUCGUGUUGAUGUAUGCUAAUGCGGAAAACAAUAUGCUUUUCAAUAAACUACGAACUGGUACACAAAUCAA